AUGUGCUGGAACCUCUGGACCUUCCCUAAGUGUUCCCAUAAACAAGCAGAACUAACCCAAUGUGGUCGCCGCACACUCCUCUGCCGUACUUUGAACCGCGAUGCCACAGUUCUAGACAAUCUCUGUUAUAACUGUACUCUCCACGAUAAAAAGGAAAUGACAGAUUCUAAAUGGAAAAGAGAGGUCAGCAAGGCUGAGGAACUAUAUUGGUAUGUCAAGGGGAUUGGGGGAGCUGUUGGAAUGAGGAGUGGGGAUUAUUGGAGGCUCUGA